UUGUAAAAAAAUAUCCCUAAAAAUCUUUUUGCGUUCUGUGUAGACAAGCAUGAAACCGGUUCAUGGGAUGAGGCCUGUUUUUUACUAGUGAUACAACACUUUGCCGUAAUUUUCUGGAUUUUCGCGAUCCGCUAAAUCUAGUGAUUAGAGAAAGACAGGGUUGUUCUCGGCGAUCUUGGUCUUCUAGGAUUAUCCUGUACUAAGCGGAUAGUGUUCAGAAUUCAGGGGGUGUGUGUGGAGUAGUUGAUGUGUAAUGCUGAGAUGAACAGUGAGUGUCUACUGAUGGCCCAUUAAGCGAUCAACCGUCCCCAGAUGUGGCUGCUGUGAAACUUUGCACCGAUCGCUGCGCAAGACUACUGCUGCUGCUAAUUGUCGAUUUCGGAAAAUUCCUUUUGCUUAAAUCUUAUUGUCACAAACAUAACUGUGUCCGUUGUUCGGGCUCAGAGAAACGAUUAGGUUGAGUUUCGGCAGUGUCGACGGUCCAGUGAGUUGAGCCAAAGUUGGCCGACAGCAAACCGUAUCGUGCCAAUGCUGUAUAAGAGUACCGCUGCGCUAAUAUGAGGAUACCCUGACUUGGAUGCCUGUCACAACCAUCCAUAGUACCGAAGAGAGAGGGAAGUUGACAAAAUCGGGCUCUGCGAUAGGUUGUCGCGACAGGGGGUCUAGCUAGUUAGUGACUAGCUCCAGCGAGCGUGAUCCUGCGCCCUGUCUCGCAGUCUUUCACGUCAAUCAGCUGUGCAAAGUAACUGCUCCCACAAGUCACAUACAGUGCAGCGGUGUGACGUUGAAUCGUAAUUGUAACAAAAAUGUUCAGUUUCGAGGGCGAGUUUCGUCAGAGGCCCACUCAGGCACUCGGUGGCGCUAAUCGCAAUUCUUUAAGGAGCCGCGAUGAGCUGCUUCGGCAGAAACAGGAAGAGCGAAAACGUCGCGAAUUGGAACGCAAAAAGGAAAGCAGUGCUAUCAAAAUCCAGGCUGCGGUUCGUGGUUUUCUUACAAGGCGAAAAACGGCGAGCUCCCUACGACAAUCGUUCGACGAGGCUACCUCCACUGGUGUCGAUAUCACUUCAGUGGGCUCACUCAUAUCACGCCUCAUCUUUUUUUAUGAAAGUCCCGGUGAUGACGAACGCUUACACAAAAUGAGUGAAGUUUUGUUGAAAAAGAGCCAAGAGGUGCUUGAUAUCAUACGGCGAGAUCAAAACAGGAACUGGAACAAACGACUCUCGGCUGUUCUCAUUGCGAAUCUUCGUAUGCUGCAGUCAGGCGGUACAUCACAAUCGCUUGUACUUCCGCUGCGGCUAGUGGAAAUCUAUGCGUGUCCCUCUGGAACCGCGUUAUGGCUUCAGCUCGUUAAAUCAGGUUAUUUUACUAUCUUGAAGUAUCUGAUCGUAUCAAGAUGUCCUGAAGUUAAUGAAAAGUGCGAAAAGGCUCCAACCCCACUGGCCGAAUCGCUUGUCUCUUUUGUGAAGAAACCGUUGGAAAGCUGUCGCGAACUUGACGACAAAUGCAAAGUUAUCAGUAAUUUUCUGGACAGCUUCUUUGGUGAUCCUGUGUGUUCAUCCAUAGACUGUCGGAUUUUCCACAUGGUGUUACCUUUAAUAGCGGCCUGUGACAAUGAGGUGUUACCUGCACAGGCACUCAUCCGCAGUGCACUUUUAAGCAGCAAAGAUAAAGAAGCCAACACUAUCUGGAAACUACACGCUAUCGUCACAAUAGUCAGCUCACGGGUCCCAAAUCUGUCUGAACAAGACGUCGUGAACUACCUUAUCGUACUGAGGGAACAGCUCUUCGAUUUAAUGCUGCCAUCAGGUGAGACGAAUGUUCUGGCGUAUUCGAGAACCGAUCAAUCCCUCGACUCCGAAGAGGAUAUGGACUUUGAGGUGAACGAAAACGUGAUGAAGCGAACAGCAAUCGAAAGAAUAUGGAGCCUUCUUAACAAAGAUGACUUUGUACAAAAGGUUGUCACAGGUGUCGAGACAGUAAAAUCACUGGAGGCGUUGAUCGCCGUGUGUUCGGUCAGCUAUGUAAUGCAGGCGCGAAUCAAGUACUCGUUACACAAAUGUCCGCUGUUGUGCAAGUUGGUGUUUCGGCCACCGUUCCUUCGUUUGCUGUGGCAAACUGUCUCUUCUGUUCACACUAGUGGCGAUACUGAGCAUACGUCGCUAUGGUCGAACCAAAAGCCGCUAUUGCAUACGUUGUCCUCUGGAAGGAGACUGUCGAAGAACGAUACACUAGCGUUUUUACCUCUAUUAGUAUGUUUCUGCAGCCUGUUCGGCCUACUGCUACCGACGAUCUACGAGACGGAGUUCUACCACGAGAUAAGUGAAGAUAUGCCGGAUUUGCCUGAUGCGCGCUCAUCUAUGAUGCCCUUCAGUUUAAGUGAACUAGCAUCGAUAGCAAUGCAGCUACGAGACGUGGCGCUAGGCCUCAUCGAACUGUCGUUUCCCGAUACACAUUCUUCGUCGUAUUGGGUACCAAAGGAGAGUUAUUUGAAUGGCGAGGAUGGUAAUGUUGAGAUGUGGCUAGCUUUGUUCCAUAAUGUUGUGCAGCUAUUGCGCCAACUCUACUCGAGAGAUUGCCGCAAAAAAUUCUGUGAUAACUGGAUCGUGAACGUGCUGGUGGUACCCGAUCAAGUGACGGAUGCCAACUUGAAACGACCGUACCUAAAGCGGCAACCGUUUCAGCAUUUUGUUCCGAAAAAUUUCCAGAGACUAGUCUACGAUGACGGUCCGCAGGCAUCCACAGUGGAGCUCCGAACGAUAGCUGUCAUUCAGGAGCUGCCUUUCGUGAUACCCUUUCACAAUCGUGUAAAGAUCUUUCAGCACCUGUCCCAGCGAGAUCGCCUCAAUGCAGAUGAGUUGUUCUUCUUUCCAGAAGUGAGGAACACGUAUCGAGACUUGCCUAGCAACAGCUAUAGUAUACGGAGGACCCAUCUGUACGAAGAUGCAUUCGAAAAGUUUGGCUUAGAGGAUGCCCCUAGCAUCCGCAAUCCUGUUCGGGUCCAAAUGACGAAUGCAGCCGGUCUUGAAGAAGCAGGUAUUGAUGGCGGUGGUGUGUUUCGGGAGUUCUUAGGCGAGCUGCUUCGAACAUCAUUCGAUAUUAAUCGGGGAUUUUUCAAAACAACAUCAGAUAACCUCUUCUACCCGAAUCCGUCGGUGCACCUAAUUGUACCGAACUUCCAGCGGCACUAUUAUUUCAUUGGAAGAAUGCUAGGUAAAGCUAUAUACGACUCAAUGCUAGUUGAACUGCCACUCGCCGAAUUUUUCCUCUCGAAACUGCUGGCGCGAAACAACUCCUUCGACUUGGAUAUCCACUAUCUUGCAUCUCUGGAUCCGGUGCUUUACAAGAACCUGUUAUACCUGAAAUCGUAUGAAGGCGAUGUAACUGAGUUGGGGCUUGACUUUGCUGUGGUAAAUAACGAGCUCGGCGAACAACAAACUGUCGAAUUGAAGCCUAACGGAGCCCAGAUUCCUGUUACGGAAGCUAACCGCAUCGAGUACAUACAUUUAAUGGCCGAUUACAAACUCAACCGUCAGAUACGACAGCAAACUGCUGCCUUUAAGCAAGGUCUAGCGGACGUGAUCGAGCCGCAUCGGUUGCAGUUGUUCGACCCAAAGGAGCUACAGAUCUUGAUUUCCGGAGUCUCUACCGAAAUUAAUAUAGUUGAUUGGCGUUCUCACACUGUUUAUGGAGUGGGUUACAACGAAAAUCAUCCCGUCAUAGUAUGUUUCUGGCGCGUUGUCAGUUCUCUUAAUGAAGACCAACGGAAACAACUACUCAAAUUUACGACUAGCUGCUCACGACCUCCACUUCUGGGUUUCAAGGAGCUACAGCCGCCAUUUUGCGUCAAUCGGGUCGAGUCUCCCGAUCGACUACCAACAUCGGCUACGUGCAUGAAUCUCCUGAAGUUGCCAGAAAUCAAGGACUUUGAGACGAUGAAAAGCAAGCUAUUGUAUGCUAUCCAGGCCGGCGCUGGAUUUGAGCUCAGCUAAAAUCAGUCUUCAGCCAUUGCGUAUAUAAUAUUGAACAACUGCAUAUAAAAAAAAAUAUAGGGCUGCAAGAAUCUGAAA